UACUUUGACAGGCGUCAAUUGCCUGUAUGAACUUGAAACCGACUCUGAACAAAUAUUCUUUGUCUUUCGCCUACUUGUGCCAGCGUUGGUCUGCCUUGAGCACCUCACAACAAGUCUCCGCCAUUAACUCCGCGCCUCUGACAACGUUUCCAACCCUUGCUUAUCAUGGCUGAGAUCCAUGGACUCAGAGAGCAAAUUCUUGCAAACUAUGGAUUUAUGGGAUAUGAAAAGCCGACAUCUGAAGUCGAUGUCGUCGUCAGAUAUCUCGACGACAGGUACUAUCGCGCCUCGCUAGCAGACAAAUCUUCCGGCGAAAACAUCUGUCAAGAGGAUCGCGAAGCCAAAUCCGUCAAGGAUGCUUUGGCGCAUCUACUGUCUCACACUUGUGCAUACCUUGGUCGUCCUCCUAACAUGCUCGGCACUGGCUCCACACAGCAACCCACAAGCCCUGCGGUAAAGAAGACCAGAGGAAGACCGAAGAGCAUUCUACCCUCGACCGCUGCUACUCCUGUAAAGCCUGCUGUUAAGUCCAAUGCGAAGAAGGGUGCUGUGGCAGUGAAGACCAAGGUCGCAACACCCGUUGUUCCAGCUAAACGUGGUCGUGGUAGACCACGCAAGUCCGAGGUACAAGAGCCCGCAGUCGCCAGUGUCGCUCGCCCUAGAGGAAGACCCCGCAAGAACCUGGCUCCUGUCGAGAUCGCUGGACCUGAUGUGUUGAAUGGAGCCCUCACUGCACCAGUAAAGCGCGGAAGAGGGAGACCGAGGAAAUCCAUCGCCACCCCCGCGGCAACAACCGGCUCAAAACGCAGUGCAUCCGCACUAGGAGACGAGAAACCCGAGACCAACAAGUCUCGCAAGACCAUCAAUGAUGAAGAAAUGCAGGAUCGCAUUAGCGCAGACGAACUCGGAGAUGAAGCAGGUUUGGCUGCUCCUUUCACUCCUCAAGUCUGGUUUCCCACUUACGUUUCAAGGAUUGCUAGAGUUGUCUACCACUGCAUUCACGGCGGACCUGAAGGAGGAUUAACGGAAGAAGAAAUCGCUCGACGAACUACCUUGCGGUUGGAAGAUGUCAUCGCUGGGUUACGAGAGAUGAGUGAGAAGAGUGGCAUUGUUGGUAAUGCAGAUGCGGUGGGAGAGAUGAAAUGGGCGCUGCUUGAUGAGUGGGAUGAUGAGGUUGAGUAGGAAUGAUGAAGAGCUUGUGCUCUCCCUUUUGUGAACAAAGCAAGCAAUCAAGCCAGCACUUUUGUGAAGUUGUUCAAGCUCUCAGAGAACAUACUCGGUCUCCUUACAUGUACAACUUUCUUCACGCUUCUACACAGGUAAAAUGUC